AUGCUGAUGUUCCAGCGCCAGCUAGGUGCAGCCCAGAAUGGCUACGCUAGGCAAAGCUCUUCGGAGUUUGUCCCAUCAUCCUGCGCGCAUUCAAGAGGCGCGUCUCGCAAUAACAGCUUUUCGCGAAGAGCGCCGGCAGGUCAUUCUAGCCUUCAGCACUCUCGUUCGCGAACAUCAUUCCUUAUGCCUUGCAGUGCGCAUAACGGCGACGGCAGCGCCGGCGACGCAAACUCCCCCAAGGAGCGACAACCAGUAGGCAAUGGAGAUUCAAAAUCGCAGUCUCAACCACCCCAGCAACCGCAAGCGCGUGCCGGCCAUGACAGCAGCUCGCGAGGAGCACCGGAUGCCGCGUUCAACGCGCACUUGCCACCAUCAUCCUCAGCUUCCAACGACUCUUCCGUGAGACCAAUUCAACGGGAACAAACCUGGGAUUUUUCACCGGAUUCUUACGUUCCCAGCCCGGCCAAUUUGCCGACGAACGAUGACAACGAGCCGCUGCUUUACCCGCCGCGUCCGCUUUGGACAUGGACCUCUCAACCCGGCAUGGAUUUAUUCCGUGCUGGUCCUCGCACUUGGAGCCGGCUUCGCCAGGUCUACGUGAUUUUGUUCGGAGUAGGCGAGCGCGAGACGGAGGGCAUCUACUCGCUUCGCGCCUUCAACACCGACGGCACACCGCAAGAGACGAUCAUCGCGUUCGAAUGUGAAGAGGAGGCCCAACGCUACGCCGGUCUUCUGGAAGCUUCCAUGGACCAUAAGCCCCACGAGGUGGGCAGCGGUGCAGACCCGUCCACAUUGGCCCGCUACUCGGGGUUGAGUGCAGACGAGCUUGACGAGAUUCGUGCGCGGCUGGAGGCCCUACUCCCCGCCUCGUAG